AUGUUUACUUAUGAUGAUUCAUUUUACCUCUCUGAAGAAUUGAUAUUUGAGAUAUUAUCAAAAGUCUCUUUCAAGAAGUUUCUCACAUUCAAACAGGUUUCGAAAGAAUGGUGGACCAUUAUAUCGAGCUCUUGCUUUGUGGAAGUAAUUAAUAAGAGGCUCCCGAAAGCCUCUGGUUUGAUCAUGACUCAUCUUGAUUUAGAGAAAUUCCGAUUCGAUACUCCUCCUUGGGAUCCAGAUUAUUUCCUUCGUAAGAAGAGUUUUGAACCAAAAUUCAUUUCAGCUGAUGGUCUCUGGGAUUCACUUAUAACUGAGGUGAAUUUCUUGCCGGAUAAAGCCCGUGUCCUAGCUUGCUCAGAAGGGCUCUUCUUUUGCGAGAGCGUGAGAAAGAGGGGACUGUUUUGGAUAUGCAAUGCAGCUACUAGAGACUGGGCAGGCCUCCCGAGGCCACCACCCGAAACUUGUUCUCGCCAAACCAUGAGAGCAGCAUUCGCAGUGGAUCCUUCCGACUCGUGCCACUAUAUGGCCGUCCGAUUCUUUGUUUCCCUCACUAAUGAAUUUGGAGAUAUGUUUGAGGUAUUCAAUUCUCGUUUGGGUGCAUGGGGGAAGCCCAAGGAAAUACCUGGCCCGGUAAGCUUCAGGUACUAUGGUGGCCCUCUGUUCUUCAAUCAAACCUUCCACUGGCUCUUCUCGCAGAGAGGACACUUAGAAAUACUUGCUAUCGACCCUAAAAAGGAAGAAGCAAUUUGUUUCGACUCUCCAAGAAAAAGCAUUCCAGGUACAUAUUUAGGUUUGAUAGAGUAUCGAGGGUCUCUGGCUAUAGCUGGGUAUUGUGAUUGUACUGUGUGUAUCUGGGUUUUGGUGGAUUACUCAGGAAAAGUGUGGGAGAAUCAUGAGAUAAAUUUGCGUAUUCUUUGGGGAACUCUUAUAGUUCCAAGAGUGGAGGCCAUGAUCGGGGAUGAUGUGGUGCUUCUGUCGUCCAAGUUGUUGGACAAGAAUGGGGAGUUCCAGAUGAAUGGGAAGUACCAUUGGUAUCAUAUAAGCAGCAAGAGACUCACACCAGCCGCUGAAGAAUUCAAGUUUGACCGCAAAGAGCUUUGGCCUUUCAGGGUUACUUUGAAUCCCUGCCCAACGAUUCCUUAG